GUGCGCAGUAUUUCUACGAAUAUCGAAGUAGAAUCCUUAGUAUUGUUGGUUAGUCCAUGACGGCAUGACAGGACAGCGUAACGACACAAACGGCUAAGCCUUACUACUUUCUUGUGGAACUCUCCAGCUUUCUCCUUUCCUUUCCUUUCCUGUCCACAAAAAUUACACAAACUGCCACUCCGCAACUCCACCCAUGGCGGCUUCUCUCCACACCCACCACUACCAUCUUCAUCUCCGCCGCUCUACCGCCUCCAAACUCCACACCCAUCAAGCCCCCAUAUUCUCACGGCGCUUCCCGACCGGAAAACAAAGGGCUCUUACUCGUAGACAGAACCGCAAGGGUGGUAGAGAUGGAACAACUGACUCAUUCUGCUGGGUGUGCAGAGCUGGUUUGGAGAUUGAUAAGGUCUCGCCUGAUGAUGAACGAAGUGAAAGGCCUCCUUUCGAUAUCAAUUUGGCCGUCAUUCUCGCCGGUUUUGCAUUCGAGGCCUAUUCUAGCCCACCUGCUAAUGUUGGAAGGCGUGAAAUUGAUGCUGCAGAUUGUAAGACAGUGUACCUUUCAGAGUCAUUUGUGCGUGAGAUAUACGAUGGCCAACUAUCUGUGAAAUUGAAAAAAGGCGUCAAUCUUCCUGCCAUGGAUCCAUGGGGAACAAGUGAUCCAUAUGUGAUCAUGCAAUUAGAUGGUCAAGUUAAUAAAAGCAAGAUUAAAUGGGGGACAAAAGAACCAACUUGGAACGAGGACUUCAAUUUUAAUAUCAAGCAGCCUCCAACCAAAAAUCUUCAGGUUGCUGCUUGGGAUGCAAACCUUGUAACUCCACAUAAGCGCAUGGGGAAUGCAGGCAUCAAUCUAGAAUGCCUUUGUGAUGGGAAUUUGCAUGAAAUACUGGUGGAAUUGGAAGGUAUGGGAGGUGGUGGGAAAUUACUUAUAGAGGUCAGAUAUGAAACUUUUGAAGAAAUUGAUGAGGGGAAAAAGUGGUGGAUGAGGGUCCCCAUUGUUUCUGAAUUUCUCCGUAAUAAGGGUUUUGAACCUGCUCUGAAAAAGUUUGUUGGCUCUGACACUGUGCAAGCACGUCAGUUUGCAGAAUAUGCUUUUGGGCAGUUAAAGUCAUUCAAUAAUAAUGCUUACCUUUGGAAGAAUCUGAUUUCAAGUAAUGAUGAAAGUGAUAGGAAGGGCCCUGGGAAACCUAAUAAUUCUGCUGUUGUGUCAGGCGUGCCUUCCCAGAUGGAGGGUAUUGCAGAGGGUUCUUUAGAUAAUGCAGACUGCAAUGAAGUGAGCAAUUUAGAGGAGUCUAACAGAGAUAAUGGUGGUGUGGAGAAUGGAAAUGCCUCUCAGCCAGUGAAAAAACUCGAUGAUGAAAUGCAGUCAGAUAAGAACUUUUGGAAGAACUUUGCUAAUGAGAUCAAUCAAAAUGUUGUAGAGAAAUUUGGAUUGCCAGUGCCAGGAAAAUUAAAGUGGGAUGGGUUUGAUUUAUUAGACAGAGUUGGUUUGCAGUCACAAAAGAUAGCAGAAGCAACUUAUGUUGAAUCAGGGCUUGCAACUCCAGAAGUGUUAGAUGUUGAUAACGAUAAAACAACAGCCCCACUUCCCAUUAGCAUUAUGCAGUCUUCAUUUCCAGAUAUAAAGGAAGCAACAAGGGAACUAUUAAAGCAAACCGAUUCUGUUUUAGGAAUAUUAAUGGUUCUAACUGCAACAGUAUCUCAAGCAAAGAAGGAAGAAAAUAUUGUAGGAGGGAGUGCAACUAAGGAAGAGGAUGAUGUCGUAACUGAGAAGCUUGCUAACUCACAGGGAGCUGAGGAGAUGAAAGCACUGUUCUCAACUGCAGAAACUGCCAUGGAGGCUUGGGCGAUGCUCGCUACUUCUUUAGGACAUCCAAGUUUUAUAAAGUCUGAAUUUGAGAAACUAUGUUUCUUAGAUAAUGAGACGACAGACACACAGGUUGCAAUUUGGCGUGAUUCUGCACGGAAAAGAUUAGUGAUCGCUUUCAGGGGAACAGAGCAGGCAAGAUGGAAGGACUUGCGAACGGAUUUGAUGCUAGCUCCUGCUGGGCUGAAUCCAGAAAGGAUAGGAGGAGACUUUAAGCAAGAAAUUCAAGUUCAUAGUGGCUUCUUAGGUGCAUAUGAUUCUGUCAGAAUAAGGAUCAUCUCUCUAAUUAAAUUGGCAAUCGGUUAUAUUGAUGAUCUUGCUGAGCCGCUGCACAGAUGGCAUGUUUAUGUAACUGGUCAUAGUCUUGGUGGUGCAUUAGCUACUCUCCUAGCUCUCGAACUUGCAUCAAGUCAAUUAGCAAAGCAUGGAGUGAUCAGUAUAAGCAUGUAUAAUUUUGGAUCUCCUAGGGUUGGGAACAAAAGAUUUGCUGAUGUUUAUAAUGAGAAAGUCAAAGAUAGUUGGAGAGUUGUAAAUCACAGAGACAUUAUACCAACUGUUCCCCGCUUGAUGGGUUACUGCCAUGUAGCUCAACCUGUUUAUCUAGCAACAAGAGACCUAACAAAUGCCUUGGAAAAUAUGGAGCUCUCUGGAGAUGGUUACCAAGCUGAUAUGAUCGGGGAGUCCACACCCGAUGUUCUCGUCAGUGAAUUCAUGAAGGGUGAGAAGGAACUUAUACAGAAAAUUUUACAGACUGAAAUAAAUAUAUUCCGUUCAAUCAGAGAUGGAACUGCACUUAUGCAACAUAUGGAAGAUUUUUACUACAUCACGUUGCUAGAGAAUGUGAGAUCAAAUUACCAACCUGUUGCCAAGUCGUUAUCCGACGAACAAGAAAACAAAACAAUCAGCUGAGGAUGGCAUGUGUACAUGUAUUCAUAAUUAGUUAAUAGCAAUUCUUUCAAGGAUUAUACCUGCAACACGUCACCAUUAGGAAGGUGCCAUAUAUUUUCCCAAAUUGUACAUAUGUAACUAAUUUCAGUAAUUUGUAUUAGUUUUCUUUGAAUAUUACUAGUUCAUAAUCAUUAUUUUA